AUGUCAUUCAGCAACAGUGGUGGCGGCACCCUCACCCUGCCCAGCCCUACCCACCCCAAUCACAUCGACGUUCAGGCCGCUGUGCGGUCGUUGAGGCGAUCGAUAUCGCGGUCGCCGUCGAAAUUUCACCUCGCCCGAACCGCGUCCAUGGGGUCAGAUGCUUCCGCAAGCUCCGCAAACUCACCAAACUCACCUUCGCCCGCCUCGCCCUCACUGCGACGCAUGGCCUCUCAGCAGUUUGGCGCCUUCAACUCGCAGAACAACGCGCCUACCACACAAUCACUCCUCGCGCAAACGCCCCUCGCAACACCUUUCCGCCCUAGUGCCAAGUUGUCUUUGCGCUCCGCCAAAUCCGCCUCGAAAUCCGCCGGUGGCAGCUCGCCUGCCUUUGCACCCAGAUCUGCUACGCGCAACCGAACUUCACCAAAGAGCCCCUCGAAGCGCGCUUUGAGUGUUGCUUCGCCCUCGGCUGGCAACUCGACUCCCUGCCCAACCGAGUUUGACAUCGUGCCCGGCCAAGAGAACUCCAACAUUUUCCGAGCCCGCAGUCCGGCGCCGCGCAGAAGUUUCGAGAAGACAAAGUCCCGCCACAGUAUGCACUUGGACAUGUCAGGCGCAUCGUUACAGGCCAUAUCGCGCUUCGGCGAGAGCAGUACACCGAGUGCCACCGCCAGCCCACUGAAGCGCAGUGAUGCGACCUUGAACCUGGACCAGUCGACUUUUGGCAGUCCGAAGGCCAAGCGUAGGAGCUACGGGCCUUCGAGUUUUGCAGAGAACUUCUCCAUCUUUGACCACGGCCCAACCUCGCCCAGCAAUGAUAUCAACGACGAGUCCAGCCGAGAGUAUGGUUGGACAGGUUCUGGUAACAAGAACCCAUCCGACUCACCCAUUUCUACCACUCCAUCGGGCAUGCCGCGACGAUCAGGCUCCCUACGCCAUUCAACCCUGCAGCAACGCAAACAGCGGUCUUGGGGAAGACGACACGCGGCGGAGCACCUGUCGCAUCUUGCCAACAGCGAGGGGUCUCCAGUGACGACUCCGGUCAAGGAGCAACGUCCGCGACUUUCGCUGGACCACUACAUGCCGCCGCCUCAGCGCGAAAGCCCGUUCAAUAUUCCCGCCCCGCUUCCCAACCCAUCGUCGCAUGCAAUGGGUCUGCAGCCCCGCCCGGCGCACCAGCCUCAUCCGUUGUCGCGGACGAUUACAACAUCGUCGUCAAAUUCCAGUAUCCCCGACGAGUCGCCCACCCAUUUCCCCGUCAUUAGCGAAAAGCCUCGGGCACCUAUGAACUGGUCCAAGAGUUUGCCUCCAGGUGCCUUGCGACCAACGGCUGAAGAUGAUGCGCCGAUCUCUGGCAGCGUGUCUACGCCUGACUACAAGGCUGCGAAGCCUUUCUUUGGUGCAUUCGCAUCAACUGGCUUGGUGUCCAAGAUGAACCGCAAUCCCGAGCUGGAGCCUGUUGGCCCUCGUGGGACCGCAGCUGUUCCUGAUACGCCGUGCAAGAGGCAGGCAAAUAUCUUUGCGACCUACCCACCCAUCCCGGCGAGCAACAUCAAGCCGAGAGGUGGACGCAACAUCCGCCACACCUUCGGCGCACCGUCCACCCCGUUCAACGCCAUGGGCGAACCAUCUCAGGCCCCGAACACCUUCGGUAACCAGAGUGGCAGACCUGGUCUGUUCUCGUCCUUCGGCGGGAAGCAUGCUCGAAAGGGCAGCCUUCUCAGCCUGUACAGUGAUGAUGGCAGAAGCCCAAUUGACUUGAACGGAGAUAGCCAGAUGACUUCUGACGUCGACGUACCGCCUACACCUACCAAGCAACAGCUUCUCUCUCAGACCCCGAGCAACCUGGACCUCUUGACCAACGACAGUCCAACAGCCAAUCGCCACAUUAUUGCUCCCGUCUCAGCCCUUGGCAAGGGUUCCUGGCAGCAAGACGCAGCUCCGAGCUGUAAGUAUAGCCCUCACCCAGGGCCCUGCGACGAUGGGCAAGUUGGAGUGGCCGUUGUACCAAGCGGUAGCCCUCCGGACUCCAACACACCCGUUGUUAAGGGACCCGUUCCUCCCAUUGCAAUUUCCUUGCCGUCCUUCCGUCGAACUCGUGCCAAGCGGGGAUCUUUCUCGAUACCCGCGCCGCUCAAGACGAGGGCAAUGUCUUCCAUUGAGAAAUCCUACAAAGAGUUCGAGUUUGCUAAGAAUAACCCUGUUUCAGCGAGUCCUCUGGAGAGACUAGAAUUUGGCGACAAGGCAUCCCCAAGGACGCCUCUUGACAAUGACACUCUUGAUGUAGCCCCUGACGCGAGUCGACUUUCGAUCUCGAAUCCCAACGAGAGCUUCCUGUUCCCUACGAGCAGUGGCAAGGUCUCCAACCUUCCGCCAGCAACGCCCACUGCUCGACAUGACACCUUCUCACUUUUCCAGGACCGCCGUGCCAUCACGCCCACGAAUGGCUUGGCUGCCCAUCAGGUGGAUGCUUCGUUGUUGAGUCGAUUUGGAAAGGUUGACUUCAUCGGUCAAGGCGAAUUCUCUCAGGUCUACAGAGUUGUGGAUGUUGCCAAGCCUACUGCGAUCCAGCCACCAAGCUUCUUCAGUACCCCUACGCACCGCACCCCUCCUUCACCUACGUCGGACAAGAUCUUCGCGGUGAAGAAGCUGAAGUUGCCGCUGAAAGGUUCUCAAGACCGAGCCAUGAGGCUGCGUGAGAUCACUGCCUUGGAUGCUAUGCGCGGCUGCGACCACGUGUUGCAGCUGAUCAGCCACUGGGAGGAGCAGAACAACCUCUACAUUCAGACAGAAUAUUGCGAAGAGGGCAGCCUGGAUGUAUUUCUUGCCGACGUUGGUCUUCGGGGUCGACUUGAUGACUUCAGGAUCUGGAAAAUCAUGCUGGAGCUUGGUCAGGGCCUGCAACACAUUCACAACGCUGGGUUCGUUCAUCUUGAUCUAAAGCCCUCCAACAUCCUCAUCGACUUUGAAGGUACUCUCAAAAUCGGUGACUUUGGCAUGGCAGCAGCACUACCCGUCGAGAAGGGGCCCGACUUUGAGGGCGACCGCGAAUAUCUUGCCUACGAAGUUCUCCGCGGAGAGAUUGACAAGCCAGCUGACGUGUUUUCUCUGGGCCUCAUCAUGCUAGAAAUUGCAGCCAACGUCAAGCUGCCCGACAACGGUGCCACGUGGACUGCACUUAGAACUGGUGAUUUCUCCGAAGUUCCAGCCCUUACCCAGGAUGCGAACGCCGUGUUGCGUGAUGCCACUGGCAUGCCAAUUGAAGACACCGACCGCAGCGUCGGUGUUAUGUCGGAAGACGGUACACUAUCUCGACAACCGCGCCGCGCAAACAUUUUCCGAGGCAGAAGGCAGUCGGGCGACAUCUUCGGCCUCGCCCGGAAGCACGAGUUGCUGGAGCCACCGACCUUCAUGCGAGAAGCUACAGACCCAAGCUCUUUGGAUAAUGUGGUCAAAUGUAUGCUGACCGCCGAGCCUAUCUGCCGACCCUCCAUCACAAAAGUCCUCGAGCUUGACUCUCUGCAUUGGGUAGCUUCUCGCCAGCGUGCAGGAGCGACAGUGUUUGAGGGCAACUGGGGCCCAGCAGAUGAAGAAUACGAACCGGUCUCACUUGACACAGAGAUGACGGAUGUCUAA